AUGUCUCUCGAGGUCUUUGAUUCGAAAAACAAUUGCUUUGUCUCACCACUGAGCAUCUACUGCAGCUUGUCUCUGGCCAUGUCUGGAAGCUCAGGCAGAUCGCACCAUGAGGUUGCUCAGGUCCUAAAUGUUCAUAAGCAGCAAUUCAAAGAUUACGACAGCACCUUAACACAUUUGGGGAGUCGUCUGGAUUCUGUUUUUGCUGGAGAUACCGGCGAAUCCCUGGUCAACCGAUUCUUUAACAAAGCUCUGGAGAAGCAUUUCCAUGCAGAAUCCCAUAUGGUCAAUUUCGCGUCGAACGCUGAAGAGGCUCGAAAGCAAAUCAAUGUCUGGGUCUCUGAUCACACCUGCAAGAAGAUCCCCGACCUUAUGACCCAGAAUUCCAUUGACAGUCGAACUCGCCUCGUUUUAGGUAACGCAAUCUACUUUAAAGGAGGUUUAUCGCCGCGAAGCAACAAUGGCCUACCCUUUCCAAGCCCUUAUGAUGGAGAGGUUCAGGUUCCAAUGAUGAGUAACAACGGGGUUUAUGAGAUGUCUCGCUUUGAUGAAUUCAGCGCAACGACAUUAAAAAUUCCUUUCAAAUUGAGUAUCCACGAGAUGCUUAUCGUGUUACCCGACACAGAUGUUUUGGAGUUGAUGGAAAAGAUAUUCGACCCUUACCACUUCUCGCACUUCAAAGAGCUCUUCGACAAGAGCAAAUACGAGUCGAACAGAGUGGAACUACAUCUACCUAAAUUCAAACUUGGCGGUGGUGAAAGGCAAAAUGUAAAGAAACCGCUGUCUGCAAUGGGUCUGGAGACUAUUUUUAACCAUCUCGCAUCACCGAAAAGGAAAAGCUGCACAUCUCGAGUGAAUGAGGCAGGAGCAGAGGCAGCAGCAGCAACUGGAAUGGCUGUUACGCCCAUGUGUAUGUGUUCGGAAUUCACUGUGGAUCAUCCCUUCCUCUUCUUCAUUGUCACGGAAACUGGUGUUCCCGCCUUCAUGGGUCAUGUGAUCAAUCCUCUGGCAUAA